AAACAUUGGAGUCGCAGCCCUUCAUAAGAUUGUGCGCAGCCCGGAGGAAGCAAAGCAGCUGGCAGAAGAGCGUAUUGUGUGCGCAACUUCAUAUAAACAAGUGGAAAACAUUCAAAGACAUGUCUGCCGGACCAGAACCAACGCAGGAGAAGAAGCCUGCACCUCCCAGCUCCGUAAUGCGCUGCCCAGUAUCUCAUGCGCAUAGAGAAGAUUUUGCUAAAAUCAUGAAAGAAUGCAGAGAGGAAAGCUUCUGGCAGAGAGCCCUGCCUCUUUCCUUGGGAAGUAUGCUCGUCACCCAGGGACUGCUCUACAAAGGAUAUCUGACACCAAACAAGAAAUUCGGCGCCUUACCAAAGGUUGCUUUGGCCGGGGUCCUAGGCUUUAUCAUUGGAAAGAUCUCCUAUGCCAGAGUUUGCCAGAAGAAGUUUGAGAAGUCUGGUAUGGGGGGCGUUUAUGAUGCGGGAUUCUUUCCAGCUUUUGGUGCCGGUUUUGGUCCAGGAGUUGGCAAACACCAUCACCAUCACAAGAAAUGCCACCAUACUUGCGAAGAGUGCAAAGCAAAAUCAGACAAGAGCCCAGACCAAAACCCCCAGCCUGCUACCCCAUAAACACCUUAUACAGUUCUGGAAUCAGAAAAAAGAAUAAUUGUUUGUACCUGUGAAUAGUUUGUAAUAAAAUUCUAAUAAAAGUGUGUUUCCAAACACUUUAUCUAAAUAAAGUAUCAUUCCGUGUCUAAA